AUGGCGGUCAUCUCUCAUCUCUUCGUCUUCUUCGCCACUGCAGCCAUCUUCACCCCUUCGACUCUGGCAGCCACUUACACGGUCGGAGAUGAUGCAGGUUGGAACACCGGCGUCAACUACACUAAUUGGGCUCACGGCAAACCUUUCAACGUCGGCGAUCUUCUUCUAUUCAAGUACAAGCAAGGGGAGCACAACGUGUUCAAAGUUAAUGGCACAUCCUUCCAAAGGUGCGUACCGCCGGCCGACGUUGAGCCGCUGACGACCGGAAAUGACGUCAUUGUGUUGACAACGCCGGGAAAAAAAUGGUACAUCUGCGGCGUCGGCCUCCACUGUGACGCCGGACAGAAGCUCGUCAUUACGGUGCUGAACCAGGAAGAGGGAGCUUCUCCAGUUUCUGCUCCGCCGCCGUCAACCAAUUCCCUGCCACCGUCACCGCCGCCAUUCCCCCUUUCAACCCCUUCAACCCCCCUUCCGGCCAACUCAACCAAUUCCCCGCCGCCGUCGGCCGCCACAAGAGCGGCUGUUUCAGGACAUGUCGUGUUUCUUAUGAUGGCGUUUUCCGUUCUGGCUGGGAUUAUGAUCAUGGCUUGA